CAAAAAUCCCCAAGAUAAAUAACUCCGGGCAAGUGGAGCUCUGACAAAGUCAAAGUCACAAUUUCCAACUCCCCCGUGUCUCCACCCACCCUGGGGGAGCAACACGAGGACAGGGCACGGAGAGGAGCUGGUGGGACAGCAGUGGCACCUCCUGGUGAUCUGGGCACUUUCUCCUUCGUGUUCCUGACCUGGGAGGAGCCGCUUUAGGAUGUGGAUCCCAAAGGAGCAAGGGGAGCCAGGAAGCGCCGCUGAUGGGGACAGAGCCCCUGUGCCUGCUGCUGCCCCACACUGAACAGGGAGCUGCUGAGGAGCCGCUUGGUCCAUCCCUGGAUUCUCCAAGCACUGACUGCCCAUCCACUCUGACCACAGCCGGGGCCACAUCCCAGCGCCUGCCCAGCGUCCAUCCAUGGAGGUGAGCUCCGUGUCCCCACCUUCUGCCUCACCCACCGAAGGAGCCGAUCUGUGUGAGAUAGAUGUCACCAACGUGGCCAUAGGAGCUGUCACGCUGCUCAUCAGCCUCUGUGGCCUGGCAGGGAAUGGGGCUGUGCUCUGGCUCCUUGGUUUCCGCAUUCCCAGGAGCCCCAUCACCAUCUACAUCCUCAACCUGGCUGUUGCUGACUUCGCCUUCCUCCUCUUUGCAGUCCCCUUUGCUGUGCUCUACCUUCUGGAGGAUGUAUCCUGCUCCAUGAUCAUGCCCCUGACCUACCGGAGCUUGCUUUUCCCGCUGUCGGUGCUCUCCUACAUUGUGGGCCUGUACCUGCUGACGGCCAUCAGCAUCGAGAGGUGCAGGUCCAUCCUCUGCCCACUCCGCUGCCGCUGCCACCGCCCCCAGUGCCUGUCGGUGGUUGUGUGUGCCCUGCUCUGGGCCCUCUCCACCUCCCUCAUGGCCUCAGUGAUUUCCGUGUGCCAGUCACAUAAGCCCGAGCACUGCUGGGUGGCUCGCAUCUGCAUGUACGCCCUCAACUCCCUCUUCAUUCCAGCCAUGGUCAUUUCCAGCAUAAUUCUCUUCAUUAAGGUCAAGUGUGGCUCCCAGCAGCAACAACACAAGAGGCUGGACAUCGUUGUCUCCCUCACUGUGCUCGUGUUUGCCCUCCUCGCUCUCCCCCCCACCCUCUGGAAUUUCCUGCGAAAAUUUGGCUACUCCAUUAUGUCCUCCGAGCUUGUUUUCCUGCUCACCUGCAUCCACAGCACCAUCAACCCCUUCAUCUACUCCUUGGCUGGGAGGUGCUGGAAGCCCUGCUCCGUGGGGUCCCUCCGGCUCUCCCUCCAGAGGGUCUUUGAGGAGACAGAGGAAAACACGGCCCGCAGCAAUCAUACUGCCAUGGACACUCUGCUCUGCUGAGGGAUGUAGAUGCUAAGAGAGGUGUCAGAGAAAUUUUCCUAUUUUUACAGCCGCCUGUGAAAGUCUCCUUUCUCACACUAACCAGCUGAGAAAGUGGUCUGUGUUUUUGUAAUCUAUCUCACAGGUGCAGGCUGUUUGUUUCCACACUAGGAAAAAUACUUUGAAAAUGGGUGUUAUGCCGUUCAGCCAUUCCCUCUGGGAGGCAGACGGCCAAGCAUCCAAUGGUUUUAUGCCACCCUUGCGAAUAAACACACAGACACGGACAGUUCUUUGUUGUGCUGUAGCUUCAUAUUAAAUCUGGUUUUUACUGAUAUCCUUGCUGGUGGUUUUGUGCCCUCAGAAAUUCUUCCUCUGCCCUGCCUUUGGCCUCUCCCUCGGCAGGCUCGGAGGGCGCAGCUGCGAGGGGAGGGGGAGGCCGUGGUCCUCAGCACAGGCACACCCUUCCAGGAGCACGGUGACACCUGUGACUGUCACCAGGGGCUCCACAGGGCAUCACCCACCUCCCUGUGGCUUUGCUGCGGUCACUGGGCUGGGGGUGUUCAGCCUGGAGAAGGGAAGGCUUCAGGGGGACCUGAGAGCCCAUUCCGGUGCCUGAAGGGGCUCCAAGAAUAGGAGAGGUGCUUUGGACAAGGGCCUGAAAGGACAGCACAAGGAGGAAUGACUUCCCGCUGUCAGAGAACGGGGUUAGAUGGAAUAUUAGGAAGAAAUUCUUCCCUGUGAGGCUGGAGAGGCCCUGGCACACGUUCCCAGGGAUGCUCUGGCAGCCCCAUCCCUGCAAGUGUUCCAGCCCAGGGUGGAUGGGGUUUGUAUCAACCUGGUCUGGUGGAAGGUGUUCCUGCUGGCAAAGGGGUGGGGGGUCAGGUAAAAACGACCACAGGUGCUCCCAAGACUGAAGAGGAGCAGGAUGAGCUCUGCUGAAGGGCUGCAAAGGGAUCACAGAACCCCCAAAUCUGGUCUCCAAUAGCUUUCAUUGCAUCAUCAAGGGGAUUGGUGUGGGCUCUCAGUGCUGAUAACCUGCCUGCAAGCAGCUGAUUGCUGUCCUUCCCUUGAACUGUGUGAGCCUCAACCGAAAUGACAAAAAUGGGAAUUCUGGGCUCACUUGUGCUCUUCUGGGCCUGUGGGAUGUUUUGGCAAUGAUCCCAGAGCUCUUCCCAGAAUGGGAGUUGAUUCUGACAAGCACCCAGCUGCCUCAGCAGCACAGCCAGCACUGCCAGCAUUCCAGUGCCACCAGCAGCACCAGCAUCCCUCUGCUGCUGGAGGGACCAUGACCCCUCAAGGAAGAGAAACGAGGAACGGUAGAAGCCUGUUGGGAGAGGGAAGCCAGUCAAGGAAUGGGACAUUCUGCAGGGAAGGAGUGUUUCUAAGCAAAAGGAAAUCAGGAGCCAUUUGCAAAACUCUUCAUGUGGAGCUUCUGACAAAAGCCAUUUCCUCUGUAGCAAAAAACCCCAAGAAAAAUAACUCCGGGCAAGUGGAGCUCUGACAAAGUCAAAGUCACAAUUUCCGAUUCUCCUGUGACCCCACCCACCCUGGGGGAGCAACACGAGGACAGGGCACGGAGAGGAGCUGGUGGGACAGCAGUGGGCACCUCCUGGUGAUCUGGGCACUUUCUCCUUCGUGUUCCUGGCCUGGGAGGAGCCGCUUUAGGAUGUGGAUCCCAAAGGAGCAAGGGGUGCCAGGAAGCGCCGCUGAUGGGGACAGAGCCCCUGUGCCUGCUGCUGCCCCACACUGAACAGGGAGCUGCUGAGGAGCCGCUUGGUCCAUCCCUGGAUUCUCCAAGCACUGACUGCCCAUCCACUCUGACCACAGCCGGGGCCACAUCCCAGCGCCUGCCCAGCGUCCAUCCAUGGAGCAGUGGGUAUCCUGUGGGUCUGCAAUGUAAUCCUCUGCAAGGUCUGCUGCCACUGUGACCUUCCCGAGCGCCUGUUCUGGAUCCUGAUGUUUGCCCUGUUUUGGGCCUUCUUCUGUCUCAUCACUGUCAUUCCCACGGUGACACUGCUGUGUCCAGCACACGAACAGGAGCACUGUCGGGCGGCCCUCACCUCCGUGCAUGCCCUGUACCUCCUCCUUGCUGCACCCAUGGUCAUUUUCUGCACAAUCAUCAUCAUUAAGGCCAAGUGUGGCUCCCAGCAGCAGCAACCCAAGAGGUUCAACACCGUUGUCGUCCUCAUUGUGCUCUUCACUCUCCUCCUCAACCUCUGGAAUGUCCUGCAGCAGCUCGGUUAUAUCUCUGUGUCCUCCCGGGUUGUUUUCCUGCUCGCCUGCAUCAACAGCACCAUCAAACCCUUCAUCUACUUCUUGGUGGGGAGGUGCUGGAGCCCCUGCUCCGUGGGGAACCUACAGCUCUCCCUCCAGAGGGUCUUUGAGGAGCAGAAAGACAACACUGCCCACAGCAAGGAUACCAACAGGGACACGGGGGUCUGAGCCUGUUGAUCCCUUCCCCUGCACUUCUGAAGGACCCUGGGACACUGACUGAGGGUUUCCUUGAAUCACCAGAUCAAUAAAUAUCCACAGGAUCACCCUCCCGCACUGUAUUCCUGCAGGAGCAGGGAGCAGGGGCAGUGCCACAGGCGAUGUGGGAGGGAAGCUCUGCAGGGAGCACAUUGGAGCAUGGCUUUCCUCCUCCCUCCCGGUUCCUAGGACACUGUUCCCCAAACGGAUCCUUCCUCACAGGGCUGUCAUCCCAAAAAUCCCCGUGGCAUGGUUCCUGCAUCCCCCUGCAGUCUGAUAUCAAUAAACAGCUCCUGAAACCUGA